AUGAGUAAAGCGUACGAUCAACUAGAAUGGGACUUCAUCGCGGCGGUGCUAGAGAGACUCGGAUUUCACCACCAGUGGAUUGGUCUAAUCAUGCAGUGUAUCUCGACAAUUACAUACUCCUUCCUCAUUAACGGUUCGCCUAGAGGAAAGGUUAAACCGAGCCGAGGGAUUCGCCAAGGCAACCCCCUCUCUCCCUACAUAUUCGUUCUUUGUAGUGAGGUACUCUCGGGUCUUUGUAACAAAGCACAAGCGGAAGGUCGUAUUGAGGGCAUUAAGGUGGCAAGGGGGAGUCCCCGGUUUAACCACAUGUUGUUUGCGGAUGACACUAUGUUCUUCCUCAAGGCAAACAAAGAAUCGACGCUGGCACUAAAAGAAAUCUUGCAUAGCUACGGGAAAGCAUCGGGCCAGUCGAUUAACCGGGAAAAGUCUUCGGUCACGUUCUCACGCAAAGCCCCGGCUACUUUGAAAAGAAUGGUGCACAAUGAACUGCAAAUCCAAAAGGAAGGCGGAGUUGGGAAGUAUCUUGGUCUGCCGGAGCACUUCAGAAGAAAGAAGAAAGACUUGUUCUCGUCUAUUGUGGAGCGGAUUAAACAAAAAGCAAGUAGUUGGUCGAACAGAUAUCUAUCCGCAGCAGGAAAGAUGGUGAUGCUUCAAAGUGUCCUUUCACCUAUACCAUCCUUCUCCAUGACAUGUUUUAAACUCCCAGUAUCCUUAUGUAACCGUAUCCAAUCAGCGCUCACCCGGUUCUGGUGGGACGAUAAGUCAGGGAAGAAGAAGAUGGCUUGGAUCGCUUGGAACAAAAUGACACUUCCAAAGAGCAAUGGCGGUUUGGGCAUCAGGGAUAAACAUGCAUUUAACGAUGCUUACCUGGCCAAGAUAAGCUGGCGACUGAAGGAAAACCCAGACUGCUUCCUAGGGAGAAUACUCUUAAGCAAGUACUGUCCCGAUGGGAACCUCCUCACAUGUUCCGCGCCGAGUGCAGCCUCUCAUGGUUGGCAAAGCAUUCUGGUGGGGAGGGACUUAUUGGCUAAAAAUCUGGGAUGGAUAGUAGGGAAUGGGGAUUCAAUCAAGGUCUGGGAUGAUGCAUGGCUAACGCUUGAUGCUCUGUGCCGAACAAUGGGCCCAGCAACUAGAGAAUUAGCUGAGUUAACGGUCAAAGAUCUCAUCCUAGAGGAGACCGGCGAGUGGAACAGAGGUCUGAUCCAGACUAUCCUACCAUUUGAAGAAGAAAGAAUUCUCAAUCUACAACCUAGUACCAAAGGAGCACUUGAUGCGUUAAAAUGGUUAGGAACAAGAACAGGGGAGUAUUCGGUCAAGUCAGGAUAUUUUACUGCCAUGGAUGAAGUAACCGAUGAGAUCCUAGAAGGAGAGCCUACCCCGGAGUUUGAUUGGAAGAAGACGGUUUGGAAUUUGGCAGUGGCCCCGAAGGUGAAGAUGUUUAUGUGGAAGUGUCUGAGGGGAAUCCUCCCGGUAGGAGAGAGACUGCUGGCCCGACAUAUAAACAUCAACCCCACCUGUAAGCGGUGCGGGAACUCAGAAUCUAUCAAUCAUCUUAUUUUCCAUUGUCCGUUUGCUCGGGAAGUGUGGGAUCUCGCUCCUCUCGACGGACGGUUUAGAAUUAGCGGAUUGAAAGAUUUGAGAGCUGACUGGACUGAGUUCCAGGCGCAGAAGUGCCUCCCCCCAACAGGUUUAUCUUCCUCCCUGAUUGUUCCUUGGAUUAUAUGGGGCUUGUGGAAAGCACUGAACAGGUAUGUCUUUGAGAACUUUGAUGGGACUCCGGCAGACAUACUAUCGCAGGCAAUAGUUGCAGCAAAAGAGUGGGCCUCAGCGCAGGAGAAGAAAGCUAAAUGUAGCCAAAAGAGCCCGGAGCAGACGUCUCGUGCGCUUUGUACGAUAGCUCGGUCGGACGCUGCGUGGUCAGAGACCACAAAGAAUGCAGGGCUAGGGUGGACGGUAACAUCGCGAGAACAGAGGACCAUACUAAAGAAAGGGAUUGGUUUUACUCCCUCAGCCCUAGUUGCAGAAGGUUUAGCGCUGAAGGAAGCGGUAGCUACUUGCAGCUCCCAUGGAGCGAAGGAAGCAGUGUUUGAAUCGGAUUCGAGCCAGCUGAUUUCGGCUGUCAAUGAGAGGAAUGAGGAGGCUGAUUUACUGGCCAAAAAUACCUUAAGAUUGUAUGAACAAGAGGUGGUUGUGGCUUUAAUGCCCCCACAAAACUAG